GCGCGGCGCUGCGCGUGCGCAAACGCCUUUCCCAGGAGAGCCGGAUCUCGGAGCGUCCCCGCGCCUCUCCGCGGCCGCCCGGGGAGGGGAGGGCCCGUCCCGCCCCUCCCCGCCUCUCCCCGCCCCUCCCUGUCCCUCCCGCCGAAGCUCCGUCCCGCCCGCGGGCCGGCUCCGCCCUCACCUCCCGGCCGCGGCUGCCCUCUGCCCGGGUUGUCCAAGAUGGAGGGCGCUCCACCGGGGUCGCUCGCCCUCCGGCUCCUGCUGUUCGUGGCGCUACCCGCCUCCGGCUGGCUGACGACGGGCGCCCCCGAGCCGCCGCCGCUGUCCGGAGCCCCACAGGACGGCAUCAGAAUUAAUGUAACUACACUGAAAGAUGAUGGGGACAUAUCUAAACAGCAGGUUGUUCUUAACAUAACCUAUGAGAGUGGACAGGUGUAUGUAAACGACUUACCUGUAAAUAGUGGUGUAACCCGAAUAAGCUGUCAGACUUUGAUAGUGAAGAAUGAAAAUCUUGAAAAUUUGGAGGAAAAAGAAUAUUUUGGAAUUGUCAGUGUAAGGAUUUUAGUUCAUGAGUGGCCUAUGACAUCUGGUUCCAGUUUGCAACUAAUUGUCAUUCAAGAAGAGGUAGUAGAGAUUGAUGGAAAACAAGUUCAGCAAAAGGAUGUCACUGAAAUUGAUAUUUUAGUUAAGAACCGGGGAGUACUCAGACAUUCAAACUAUACCCUCCCUUUGGAAGAAAGCAUGCUCUACUCUAUUUCUCGAGACAGUGACAUUUUAUUUACCCUUCCUAACCUCUCCAAAAAAGAAAGUGUCAGUUCACUGCAAACCACUAGCCAGUAUCUUAUCAGGAAUGUGGAAACCACUAUAGAUGAAGAUGUUUUACCUGGCAAGUUACCUGAAACUCCUCUCAGAGCAGAGCCGCCAUCUUCAUAUAAGGUAAUGUGUCAGUGGAUGGAAAAGUUUAGGAAAGAUCUGUGUAGGUUCUGGAGCAGUGUUUUCCCAGUAUUCUUUCAGUUUUUGAACAUCAUGGUGGUUGGAAUUACAGGAGCAGCUGUGGUAAUAACCAUCUUAAAGGUGUUUUUCCCGGUUUCUGAAUACAAAGGAAUUCUUCAGUUGGAUAAAGUGGACGUCAUACCUGUGACAGCUAUCAACUUAUAUCCAGAUGGUCCAGAGAAAACAGCUGAAAACCUUGAAGAUAAAACAUGUAUUUAAAACGCCAUCUCAUAUCAUGGACUCCGAAGUAGCCUGUUGCCUCCAAAUUUGCCACUUGAAUAUAAUUUUCUUUAAAUCGUUAAGAAUCAGUUUAUACACUAGAGAAAUUGCUAAACUCUAAGACUGCCUGAAAAUUGACCUUUACAGUGCCAAGUUAAAGUUUACCUUAUUCUCGGCCGGGUGCAGUGGCUCAUGCCUGUAAUCCCAGGACUUUGGGAGGCCAAGGCGGGCAGAUCACGAGGUCAGAUCAAGACCAUCCUGCCAACAUGGUGAAACCCUGUCUCUACUAAAAAAAAUAAAAAAAUUAGCCGGGUGUGGCGGUGCACGCCUGUAGUCCCAGCUACUUGGGAGGCUGAGGCAGGAGAAUUGCUUGAACCCGGGAGGCGGAGGCUGCAGUGAGCCAAGAUCACGCCACUGCACUCCAGCCUGGGUGACAGAGCGAGACUCUGUUUCAAAAAAAAAAAAAGUUGACCUUAUUCUCUAAAAGGGCUGGCUAUUCAUAUGAUGAAUUGUUAAGGAAAACUUAAAGUGGAAGAGAACACAUGUGAAGAGACUUUGAAAUUAUCAAAAGAAAAAAAAAAGACCAGACAAAAUCUCAUGUGCCAAUAACUUUUCAAGGUGCCUUUGUUAAGGAAAUUAUAUCCACUUAAUUACUAUAAUAUAUAAGACUUUAUGAAAAGCACUUUAUAAAAUUCUAAUUUAAAAGGUCAAGAACUUAACACUUAUUUUUUUAUUCAGUACAGUGUGCCUUUAUAUUAAGUAUGUGACUCAGUAUAAAAUCACUGAAGUGUAUCAUGAUUUGAUUGUAUCCUGUACCAAGACUACUUACCUUGAAUGCUCCAAGAUUUAAAAGUAGUAUGACAUGUUCUCACUCUAAAAUAAACUUUUUUUUUUUUUUUUUGAGGAAAAAA